GAUGGGCUUCUGGACACUAUUAAAAGGUCUGCUGCUCUUUGUGAAUGCACUGGCGAUCCUCAACGAAGACCGUUUCCUUGUUCCAAAAGGAUGGACGCUAGUAGAACUCCACCAUACCGGUAGAAGAAACUCUCCCAAAGGCCAAAUCAUCGGUCUAAUCCAUGCCUGCCAGUACAUGAGACUCCCCCUCAUGCUUAUUAACACUGCAGUCAUCGUAAUGAAGCUUAUCUUCAGUUGAAGAUUUUUUUUGUAGAUGAAGA